GCAUUGUGAACGCAAUGAAACGUGAUAAAUGAUAGAUGCUCCUGAAUGGCAAGCAUACAUACCCCUCGAUUCUACCCAAUUUUGAAAUCUUUUGCCUAAGAAAUAUCGUAGUUCCUUUAAACCCAUAUACUCAGUACAUCUUCCGCUCUGAAAGGCUCUAUAUAUCAUGUCAGACAGUACAUUUGGUUUCGGCUUCCAAGCCGAUGUCCUUGGUACCGGUUUUCUAUUCCAUCUCAUGACCGGCAAAGAACUCAAAGCUCUAAGCGACGCUGGAAUUGACUUCUAUACGAUAACUGUCGCUAUCAAAUUGGGGAAAACCUUCGAAGUUCGUCACUCCUUGGGAAAUAGUGUUCGCACGCAUGUUUUGUCUAAACGGAGUAUUCAAUCCAUCUGGUCCAAAGCCUUGAGUAUUGGAUGGGGCCAAACGGAGAUCAUAGAUGCGAUGACGAAGACCAAAGAAGGUGUAAAUGCGCUUCUCAUAGUUGAUGCCUUUUCUUCCGGAUCUACUAGUUACCAGGCUGCCCAGUGCUUUUCUGCCCUCCUCUCCCUGCGCGGCUGCGAAGCUGACCUGUUGCCCAACGUUGACGUCCUAAAACAUAUGAUCAACUACUUCGUCCCAUUUAUUCAUGAUCUUGGAUUCUCGAAGGUCCUAGGACAUAUUACGGUCACCGCAAGGCGACUUAUAACGCAAACCAACUGUAGCAAUGAUACGGCGACCAUAAUGCUGCGGGAAAAAUUAAUCUCCCAUCUUACCACAAGUGGCGAUGCGUCUUCUACCGCCGGCGCUGUAAAUCAGCUGAUGCUCACCUCGCAAAGGAAGGAGAGCUGCUAUAUGCUUACACGUAUGAGAGGAUCUUGGCUUUCAGCGUUCGCAAGUCAUACGCUUGGGAUGGCUGUUGAAUUACGUCUCAAUAACACCAUCAUAUGGGAGAGCGCGGGAAGUAAUGGCGCUGCUAUUUUCGAACUAAGCGAAUAUCAAGUUGAUUCCUUUGCGACUCGGUCCGUUCUUCACCAGAAAUUUACAAUAGUUAAGGCACCAAAUGCAACUAAGCACCCUGCUAUACGUCAUCGUGUACCAAUAGAGGCGCUCUUCUCGUCAAUAAUUUCUCAAGAGCCCAGGAUAGAUUCCUUGCUCGAAACAAGCAUCCGUCAAGGCAUAUGCCGACUCGUUCAUUUGUCUUCUAUUUCAGCACGAAGUAUCAGUAUAGCGAGUCUCGAUGCAUUGAAAGAAACAGCUAAUGCCUUUGGUUUUGAGGAUUCAUUUUUCAACUCUGCUGAUUCAAUUCCCAACUCUGUUUAUUCUCGCAUGCCUGGAGCAGUAAAUCAACCAAAGGGUUUAAGGGCUCUAGGUAUGAAAACUGUCGCAAAACUAGAACAUGUCUGCGGGAUGCAUGCUGAGUCCUUCUCAUACCCCGGAAAGUGUUUAUGUACAUAUGUCAAUGGCUUGAUUGUUACAUUUUCAGUUUUUAUCAUUCUCUUAUCUCAGUAUCGUUUCGAUGUUAAUGAGCUUUACAUUUGCGAGGAUAUUUUGAUGAGCCGUACCAGUCAAAUCGACCUCAGCAACCCGUUUAUAAGGGGCAAUCUGGCAAUGGUACUGAAAUUAAUAGACCCCAAUAGCGAGAUACUAUCUGAGCGGCGGGGUGCUUCCGAAAUCGACUGCCUUGGGAUUUCGGGUAGAAGUUAUACGGUUUGCUUUACCUGCAUAUUAAGCCAUGACUGUUACGACGACCAGAAUCGUUUUCUGUCGCUAUUACCUGGCCGUGCAAGUCUCGAGGGUAUAUAUAGGUCGGAAAUAUCGUCAAAUCGACCCGACUUUUCUAACUUUAUAAGUCGCCCAACCGUCACAACCUCGCUCGCGCCAGGCUUUGUUCUCAUACCCCACCAUAUUCCCUCAGCAUUUAAUAUUUCCAUGGAUAUGACUUUGGGCGAAAAGGAGAUCUUUGUAGCAGUCCAGGCGGACUGUAAGGACUAUCACAUUACCAUCCCCCUCGGAAUAUUUCUUAAUCCGGCAAUGACAACCGUGAGGUUCUGCUGUUCUCACGACCCUAAAUCGGAGGUUCGGAUAGAGAAGGGCCAACAAUUGGCAAUAGCGGGAUUUGACGCUUGCAUGGCUUUUCCAGAGGUAACACCUAGUGGCGGUUCUACAACUGUAAUUGCUCUUCAUGGCAAUAAACUUGAACAACUCCUCGCGAUAGGAAUCCUCAGGGCCCGCCGUUAUAAAAUUUUGUUCCAACGAACUGCCUGUUUGAGCUGCUGUAUUAAGAAUCCUUCAAAUUCUGCGUUUUUACAAGUGAUCAUGGGCGGGUAGUUAUUACCAAUUGUGUCUGGACAGUGGGAAAUAUAUUAGGGUAUACCUAGCUGGAGGAAGGAAAAUGAACGAAGCUUUAGGACAUAGUAUCUAACCGGUUUACUCUAUAGUAUACUACCUAUACAAUCCUUCUUGAUCAUUCGUUCCGAUAGGCGCCUAGUUAUUUACAUACUUGUCUCAGUACUAAUAUACCACCUGCCUUAGGUACCUAGGUAGGUACCUCCUAA